AUGCCGUGCGUGAGUCACGUGACACGUUGCGGAUUUCGAAUUAAGAAGAAGAUUGCUCGACGUUAUUCGUCAUCUCCGUCAUAUUAUUGUGCAAAAGAUAGGACGGCGAUGGCAGUGCGAAUUGACGGCUUGCAGAAGGAUAUCUCAAAAGAUGAUUCGACAUCUCGGUUACCUCCUGAAGAGGAACUUUUGUGUGCUUUUGAAGAAGUUUUGAAUAAAAUGGAUCUUCCUCCAGAUAAGAUGCGAAUUUUAAGAAGCUACGAUUUAAAUAAGAAAUGGGAGCUGGUUUGUGAUCAGAGAAGAAUGUAUGCUGUAGCUGAUCCCUCCGUAUAUCUGGAAAAAUUGGCAGUUUAUUUGGAUCGAAGAGCUUCCAAAAAAAGAAAAAAAUUGUUGGGUGAUGAAACUUCAACAAAAAUAUUAAAGCAUAUUGAAAUAUCAUUGCGAACAAACAGUAUUGAUUGGGUGCGAAUGUUUCUGAACGAUCAGAAUAAUGGCUUAGAUAUGCUAAUCGAUUAUUUGACACAACUUCAGGAGGACAGAAACUGGGGAAGUGCUUGCAACGAUUUGAACCAGGAUGGUCCUUCAUCAAGCAGUGCAUUUCCCUAUUCUCAUACAUCACAGACUCAUACUUCAGCAGUUUUAAAUCCUGGCGACAACGACCACUUUUCGGAUGAAAAGAUGACCGGUGGCUUAUUUCGGCGAACGAUAAGUGUUACAAAGAAAAAUUCAAAGAAUUAUGGUGAUCGUGAUGAUGACAUACACGUGUGCGUGAGCUGUUUACGAGCAAUCAUGAAUAACAAGUACGGGUUCAACAUGGUGUUCAAUAAUCCACAAGCAAUUUAUUGUAUAGCUCGAAGUAUUCUGCAUCAAAGUUUACGGAUAAAAGCUUUGGCAUUAGAAUUACUUGCAGCAAUAUGUCUUGUUAAUGGUGGGCAUGAUUUGAUAAUCAAUGCAUUUAAUCGCUUCCGAUCGGAAUACAAAGAAACCUAUCGAUUCCAACUGUUGUUUUCUUAUUUUAUAAAACCACCGGAAUUCAAUGUUGAUUUUAUGGCGUCAUGUAUGCAGUUUUUCAACAUUGUGGUGCAUUCAACGGAAAGUAUGAACUAUCGCAGUUACCUGCAAUAUGAGCUUACUCUUUUGGGUCUUGAUGAUUACUUAGAGGUGUUGCGAAAUACAGAGUGUGAACAGUUACAAACACAUGUAAAUGCAUAUUUGGAUAACAAGAUUGACGUACAUUUUCUACUGGAUGAGACUGAUAAGAAAGUAGAAUUGGAAGCAGAGAAUAGUCGUCUUACUGAUGAAUUAUCGAAGGUCAAGGAAAGGUUGCAAGUGGUGGAAGCCGACUAUAUAGCUCGUUUGGCACAACUUGAUCGUCGUCUAAAAGAGUUGAAUGCGGAAAAAGAAAAACUUCUAAAAGAGCAUGAUUCCACAUUAAGCACAAUGAGACGAACAUUAAAUGAGAAAGAUAAAGCAAGUCGGGAGCAGCAAGCGAAGUUGGAAUCUAGAAUACAAGAACUUGAAAGAAUGCAAGCAAACAUGAAAGCCGGUUUACUUGAAGCUAAAAAAGAACCUGCAUCAACGGCAAAUCCUCCAAGCCCUCCGCCACCACCUCCAGGACCUCCUCAGGGAAAGGGACUUUCAAAAUUAACAGCAACAAAUCAUAUCCCACCACCUCCACCAUUACCACAAGUAAACAAUGCAAUUGGAAAAUUACCUCCACCACCACCACCUCCGUUGUUAAAUUCAAUUAGAUCUUCACAACUAUCUUCAAAAAUUUCUCCUCCUGCAAGCGAUGUUAUGACCAUCAAAAAAAUCUAUAAUACUAGGAAUAAGCUACCAUUAUUGAAUUGGUGUCCAUUGAAGCCAAAUCAGGUGAAAGAUACAGUUUUCAACAACCUUGAUGAUGAAAAGAUAAUGGAUAAAAUCGAUUUUACUACUCUGGAAGAUCUAUUCAAAAUUGGAGUUGCUAAACGCCUUGACACCACCGAAUCAUGUCUACCGGGACAACAAUCUCCAAUUGGUACUGGCAAUGGUAGUACAAUCAAGAAGAACACCAUUUUGGACACAAAACGUUUGCAAAAUAUCGCAAUUACAUGUCGGAAAUUAGCAAUGAGUGCACCAGUGAUUAUGUCUGCCGUGCAUCGAAUGGAUUUGAAAGCUCUCAUCCCAGAAAGUGUUGACAUUUUGAUAAAGAUUGCCCCAACGCAUGAGGAAAUAGUGAAAUUCAAGGAGUAUGAAUUAGAACAUAAAAAUUUUUCUGAUCUUUCGGACGAAGAUCAGUUCCUUGCUCAGCUAGUCAAAAUUGAACGAUUUGAACAUAAAAUAAAAAUCAUGUCCUUCAUGGCAACUUUCGACGAAAGUGCUGAUCUACUAGAACCGCAGUUUGUCAAUUUAACGGCAGCUUCGAAAUGUGUCCGCGAAGCAACAAAAUUCCAUCGACUUUUGGAAAUAUUGCUUGCAUACGGAAAUUAUAUGAAUAGUGGACGAAAAGGGGGUGUCUAUGGUUUUAAAUUAUCUAGUUUGGAUACGCUUUAUGGCUUGAAGAGUUCAGUGGAACGAUCACUGUCACUGCUUCACAUUAUCGCAGAAACAGUUUCACGAAGUUUCCCUGGAUUGUUGGAUUUCGCGGAUCAGUUGAAAUUUGCUGAUAAAGCUAGCACUAUAAUGUGGGAAGCAGUUCUGGCCGAUAUGAGAGAAUUAGAAGCUAAUUUUGCUUCAGCUAAGAAAGAACGAGAAUUAAAAGGUGCAGAUUGUCCACCAUCAUUGCUCGAUUUUUUGGACAAAUGUGAAAAGCGAAUUUCAGUUUUACAAGUGCAAUAUAAAACAGCUUCCGAAGCUUUCACUGCAUGUGUAGAAUUUUAUGGCGAAUCAUCACGAAAUCAGCAACCCCAUGCAUUUUUUUCUCGAUUAUUGACAUUUGCAAAACGAUUCCAACAAGCAGUUGCUGAAAAUGAGGCUCGACAUGCAGCAGCAGAGCGUUCUCAAGGAGAACAGAUGAAGCGGCAACGGAUUGGUGUAAGACGGCGAGUAACAAAAGAUGAGCUAACUGAAAAUGUAAUCGAUGAAUUGGUAGAGAGAAUUGGGAUGACUAAUCCUAACUGCGAAGUUGCUAUGAAGGCAAGAAAACCAAAAUUGGAUUCCAGUCAAAUCGAUGAUGGAGAUUUUGAAAGAAUUAUGAAUGGUUUAAAGGAAGGAGCUUAUGUAACAUUUGAUGGCGCACAAGCUACAAAACGAUAUAGUUCAUCGCUUGCACUGAAUAGUAAGAAAAGCUUACAUCCACCACCUGUUGGACCGAAAACAAAUCGAACAUCUGAAAAUCACGAAUGCUACUGA